AGGUAAAGGCUCUGGGGCUGUCUGGAAUCACUAUUGCAGCAAGGAUGAAGACUAUAGAGUUUAUCAACAUCCAUCCAUUCUACAAACGUGGCCUGCCCUACACAGGGAAGAUGUUCUGCCACAGUGAUAGAUCUCCCCUCAGAAAUGAAACCAUCUACCUCAUCGUUGAUGUCAAUGAUGAGAAGACAGAGUUAUCAUUCCAAACAGAUGACAAUGGGGAAGCCCACUUCUCCCUGGACACCACCAGCUGGAACAGCACAAUGGUUUCUCUGAAGGGGACCUACAGCCUGGGAGAUGAUGAUGAGCAAGGUUCUGCUGAAAGUCAACCAGGAGUCAACGAAGGCUUCCACUGGUUGAAACCUUUCUAUUCGGAGAGCAACAGCUUCCUGGAGGUCAAGGCCAGGGAUGAUGUGCUGCCCUGUGACCAAGAGCAGGAAGUGCAAGUGGAUUACAUCCUCGACCACAACAAACUCAGCUCUGAAGGAGACCACAUUACUUUCUAUUACUUGGUGGUAGGAAAAGGCAAGAUCCUUUCCAGUGGAGAGAAGCAGGUGCCCAUCACCCAGCACGAAGGUCUGCAGGGCUCCUUCUCCUUGACUCUGGCCAUUGGUGAUGACUACCUGCCCAACGUCAAGCUCCUGCUGUAUGCACUCUUCUUGGAUGGAGAGGUCGUGGCUGACGUGGAAGAGUUCAAAGUAGACAAGUGCUUUAGACACAAGGUGACACUGGAUUUCUCACACAAGGAGGAAGUCCCAGGAUCAAAAGUCAGUUUGGAGCUCAAGGCUGCUCCAGGGUCCUUGUGCUCUGUCCGAGCUGUUGACAAGAGUGUCCUCCUGGAGUACAACAACACCCUAACAGCAGACAAACUGUCUGAGAAGCUGUUUAAGGACAGCUUUACAAUUGGAGGACGAGGGUUCCCUUAUCAUCUGGAAGACUUUGAGUCAUACCCUUGUCUGCUCCAGCAGCCCAGCCUCCACAAAAAGGCUCGGAUGGAAGGACCGUGGUACCAAAGUGAUGCAGAUGUCUUCAAUCUGAUUAAGCAACUGCGCAUGAAAAUCUUCACCAAUACUAGGAUCAAGAAACCAGUUUCCUGUGUGCGACCAGAGUUUGAGAAGAAGUAUCUUAAGAAAGAUGACAACAUUCUUGACAGUGUUGCUGUGGAUUCUCCUUCCACACCUCACUCUGACGACAAGAAAAAGCCAAAGCCAAGGACAUUUUUCCCAGAGACCUGGAUUUGGGAUUUGGUCCCUGUUGGGGACGAUGGGCAAGCGUCUCUCCAAGUUGCUGUCCCUGACACCAUCACUGAAUGGAACGCAAACACCUUCUGUGUUGCUGAUGCUGGCUUUGGAUUCUCUCCUCUGACCACUCUCAAGGUCUUCCAGCCUUUCUUUGUGGAGCUGUCGCUGCCAUACUCUGUCAUCCAAGGAGAGACUUUCAGCCUGAAAGCCACUGUCUUCAACUACCUGAAGGACUGUAUCCAGGUGCACACCACCCUCACAGAGACCCCAGAGCUCCAGGUGGAACCCUGUCCAGGCUGCCAGUUCACCAGCUGCCUCUGUGCCAACGAAGCCAAAACCUUUGUGUGGAACGUGACAGCCACCAGCCUGGGCCAGGUGAACGUCACCGUGAGCAGCGUGGCAGAAGAGUCCCACAGCCUGUGUGGUAACAGGGUUGCUGUGACACCUUCACAAGGAGAGACUGACACGGUGAUAAAACCUCUGCUUGUGAAGCCAGGAGGUGUCCCACAAGAGAAGACCCAAAACGCCUUCCUCUGUGCUGCAGAUAACACCAUCUCUGAAGAGUUCUCCCUGACUCUGCGUGAAGAAGUGCUGGAGGGAUCUGGCCGAGCCACUUUCUCUGCAAUUGGGGACAUCAUGGGCCCAGCACUUGAAAAUCUGGACCGGCUGCUACAGAUGCCCUUUGGCUGUGGGGAGCAGAACAUGGUCCUGUUUGCACCAAACAUCUUCAUACUCCAGUACCUGAACAAGACUAAACAACUGGUCCCAGAAAUUAAACAUAAUGCACUGAAAUUCCUGAAAACAGGCUACCAGCGCCAGCUGCUCUACAGACACCCCGACGGCUCCUACAGCGCCUUCGGGCCAGCCGACGAGGAGGGCAACACGUGGCUGACGGCGUUUGUGGCCAGGUCCUUCCAGCAGGCCAGCUCCCACAUCUACAUCGACCCGGAGCACGUGCGGAGCGCCCAGCGCUGGCUGCACGGCCACCAGCUGCCCAGCGGCUGCUUCCAGAGCCUGGGGAAGCUCUUCAACAACGACCUGAAGGGUGGUGUGGACGACACAAUCUCCUUAACAGCCUAUGUCACUGCCACGCUGGUGGAGCUCCCCCUGGAGAAGAAUGACACCAUGCUGGACAAUGCCUUAGGCUGCCUCAGGAAUGUGACACUUGAGGAGACAAGCCUUUAUGUCAAGGCUCUGAUGGCUUAUGUCUUCACACUGACCAGGGACAUGGAAAUGAGGCAGCAGCUCCUGGAUAUGCUCGAGAAGGAAACUGCAGAGCUGCUGGCAUCACAUUCCAGUGGUGAAGAGUCUUCUUCUAUGAUUGAGACAAUGGCCUAUGUCCUCCUGGCUCGUGUCUCCACGCCAGAGGUGGCAUUCAAUGAACCCUCAGUGAGCAAGCUCGUGCACUGGCUCAGUGGGCAAAGAAAUGCAUUUGGUGGAUUUGCUUCCACACAG